AUGCGGAGGAUGAUCCGUGGAAACAGGCCGAUCGGCUCCAAAUUGUUGUUAUUCCUAGCGGUGUUCUGUCUGCUAGCAUUGUCACCCUCAGCUCAAGGGUGUAAAACAUAUGAAUUUGCGUGUACGAAUGGUGAAUGUAUUCAGCGGAACUGGCGUUGUGAUGGCUCAGAGGAUUGUUCGGAUGGAUCGGAUGAAGCCCGAUGUGAGAAAUCCACAAUGACCAAAAGAUUUACCACAUCUGGGGCUGAAAUACCUCCAGAAAGUCUGCUGCCCUGUCUGCCAAAUUUUAAAAGAUGUCCGACAGAAGAAGUCUGUAUUCCAAUAUACAAAUUCUGUGAUACAAAUCGAGACUGUAAAGCACAUGGGGACGAGGAUGGAUGUUCAGAUACUAUUGCUGACUGUGAUACCAAGAAUUGUUCGUUUGCCUGCCAGAACACCCCACAUGGUCCAGAGUGCUAUUGUCCAGACGGUAAACAACCUAAAGACACGACAUGUGUAAACAUUGACCCAUGUAGCUACCCGCAGUUUUGUGAUCAACAGUGCCGCUCUAAAGAUGGUUCUUUUUCCUGUGGAUGCUCACAGGGAUACGAUCUUCUCGAGGGGAGAGACUGCAUCGCUACCAAUGUACCUCCCAAUUCUGAGCCAACACUUCUAGUGGCAGACUUCAUGCGAUUCCAGCAACUGGCCCUGAAUGGGUCGUCCCUCAAACCUCCAGUAGUAGCUGCAGGUCAAGCCAUCUCCACUUUAGACUUCAACCACAGAAAGCAGUUUGCAUGCUGGUUGUCGUACAGACUGGAUCAGAAGGUUUCUGUGAUGGAGUGCCUAAAUCUUACCAACACAGCCCAAACUUGGACCGUAAAGUCUGAUGUAGCCUUUGAUAAUGUGGUGCAGAUUGCUUUUGACUGGAUUACUGAGAACUGGUACGUGGCAGAUCGUCUAAAAGAACGGAUCGUACUCUGUAACCAGACAAUGGGUAACUGUCGAAUGGUGCUCGAGCUCCCAGACCAGGAGAUAUACAGUAUUCGUGUGGAUCCAACUGCUGGGUACCUGUUUAUCCUGACCAAGUUAUUCAUCGUCCGCGCUCAGAUGGACGGCUCUGACGCAUUAGUGAUUCAUCAAGGCAGCAAGGCAGACAUGGAGCGCCCCCAUGAUAUGACCCUUGACUUUCCUAACCGACACCUCUAUUGGACAGACACUAAACUCAAAGUUAUCAAGCGUAUGGACUAUGAUGGCCAGAAUGUGUGGAUAGUGUUCAGUCGCCUGCGUCCCACGACUUAUGGGAAUGUAAUUAAAGGUUUGGGAAUUUCAAUCCUACAAAACACAAUCUACAUGUCUAGUCAAUUGCCGGAGUCACUGUGGGCCAUCCAUCGGUACAACUACAGUCUCGGGGCACACCUCCUCACUCGUGACCUUGAUAACCCAACCCAAGUACACGUCUAUCAUCGUAUACGCCAACCAGACUUGCAAGAUUCUGUACCCUCACCGUGUACACCUGAUACCUGUGAACACCUGUGUGUAGUACUCAUGAAUGGAACAACGCCAACUGCCAAGUGCCUGUGUGCCGCAGGCUAUGACAUGGAUGACAACAACAGGUGUAUAGUGAAUGCAACCUGUCCGAGUGAACCAGACUGUCAUGGCGUUAUGUGUAGCUGGCCAGUUGAAUGUAAUAUUUCCACACCAUGCUUGAGCGGCUACAUGAGGUGUCCAAAAGGGAGCUGUGUUCCUGAGACAUGGUGGUGUGAUGGGGAUGAUGAUUGCAGCCAUUCACAAGACCCAAAAAUGGACAUGGCUGAUGAAAAGUUUUGUGGUCAGAGGACAUGCUCUGUGGAGGAGUUUCGCUGUAAAGAUGGGACGUGUGUGCCACGAGAGUUUCAGUGUGAUGGCUAUGCACAGUGUGAUGAUAACUCUGAUGAGCUUGGAUGUAUUGAUGCUGUUCCGGCUGCGUGUGAGUUUGAUCAGUUCCGCUGUUCCAACGGCUCCUGUCUGCAUAUGAAUCUGUUGUGUAAUAAUGUCUCUGAUUGUCCAGAUGGGUCAGACGAGAUGCACUGCGUGGCUUGCGAACCCAGUCAGUUUCGAUGUUUGAACGGUCAGUGUAUCCCAGGGACAGGUCGAUGUGAUGGCAAGAGUGAUUGUCUAGAUAAGACAGACGAGACUGUGGAGUGUUCCAUUGGCCCAAAUGCUACAUACCACCAGUGUAAACACUCCUUACAGCAGUUUGAUUGUGGAGUAACCAGUGGCGAGAAGCGUUGUAUCCCGUCCAGCUGGAGAUGUGAUAAUGAGUACGACUGUGAAGAUAAAUCUGAUGAGAAGAACUGCACUGAGACCUGUAGUGCUCCACGGUUCAUGUGUAAGAACAAUGAGACUUGUCUGCCAUUUGAGAAGAUCUGUAACGGUGUACAUGACUGUGCCGAUCGUUCAGACGAGGAGAAUUGUAAAAGCUGUGAUGUCUGGGGUGUUUGCAGCCAGGUCUGUACUCCAAUACCUCUAAACAAACACAAUUGUUCCUGUCUCCCUGGCUACCAGAUCAAGUCGGAUGGCUAUUCGUGUAAACCCACAGAGCCUGUCUACAUCAUCUUCUCUAACCAGUACCAGAUGCGACAGGUUGAGCUGACAAACUAUACUUAUGCCUCCCUCGUCUCCGGACUCAAAAACACCAUUGCCCUUGAUUUCUAUUACGAGGGGAACUACAUCUUCUGGACGGACGUUGUAGAUGACAAAAUCUUCCGAGGAACCAUGCUGGGAAACAGUUUUACAAACAUUGAGCCAAUUAUCGAUGUUGGCCUGGCAACCACAGAAGGCUUGGCUAUUGAUUGGAUUGGAAAAAAUAUCUACUGGGUGGAAAGUAAUCUGGACCAGAUCGAAGUAGCCAAACUGGACGGUAGUUACCGCACAACAUUCAUAGCUGGAGGAAUGGUCAGUCCACGUGCUAUAGCACUGGACCCUAGAGAAGGCUCCCUCUUCUGGACAGAUUGGGACUCGGACAACCCAAGGAUAGAGACAUGUUCUAUGAGCGGACAAGAUCGGAAGAUCAUUUUCAGGAUGCAGGGAAUCAUGGGAGCUGGUUGGCCGAACGGUUUGACCAUAGACUACGAUUUCUAUAGGCUGUACUGGAUAGAUGCCAGGUCUGAUUCCAUUCAUACCGUGAAGUACGAUGGCUCUGACCAUCGCCUCAUCCUGAAAGGACACGAGAAGAUGCGACAUCCAUUUGCUCUGACAUUGUUUGGCAAUUAUGUUUACUGGACUGAUUGGAGUAGUAGUGCCCUGCUCCGCGCUAACAAGUUCAACGGGUCAGAUGUGACAGUGAUUCAGAAGACCGUUUCACAGCCUUUUGACCUCCAGGUGUACCAUCCUAUGAGACAGCCUAAGGCAAAGAAUCCCUGUGGUGAGAACAAUGGAAACUGUUCUCACUUAUGUCUCAUCGGCUACAAUCAAACUGCAGCCUGUAUGUGUCCACAUCUUUACAAACUUGCUGCUGACAAUCGCACAUGUGAAAAUGACCACACAUUUCUACUGUUUGUUAAGACCAGUGAGAUCAGAGGAGUUGAUUUACAGGAUGCUAACUAUAAUGUGAUUCCCACAAUUACAAUUCCAAAUGUUGACAAGCCCACAGCAAUAGACUACGACCUGGAGGCUGAACGACUAUAUUGGGCAGAUAGUUCUCUCAACCUCAUCAACAGUGCCUAUAUUAACGGGUCAGGGGUCGAGACUAUCAUUGAUUCUGGAAUUUCCAGCCCGCAAGGAUUUGCUAUUGACUGGUUAUCUAAGAACAUGUAUUUCUCAUCUCUGCCAUCUGGGGGACCAGAUCAGAAGGCCAGCAUUUCUGUGGCAAAACUCAGUGGAGCUUUCCGUGUAGAAAUUCCAUUAGAGGUCAUCGGCAAAAAUCCUAGAUCUCUUGCCGUACUUCCUACGGAAGGUUUGCUGUUCUGGGCUGAUCAGGCCAUUGGCUCAAGUUUUCAUAUUAUCUGUCAGGCUAAGAUGGAUGGAACCAGUAGUAGGGUGCUGAUAGCAAACCUUUCAAUGUCUGUCAAUUUACAAGUAGACCCAGGUGCACAGAAACGUUUGUACUGGAUAGAACUUGGAGGCACUAUUGUGCAUAUGUCCGACAUUGAUGGGAAAAAUCAUAUUUCACUCACAAAUGCAAAGCUGCACCAGCUUCAAGCCUUUACCAUCCACAAAGAUAACACCUUCUAUGUCGCCCAAAAGUCUGGUAAAAUUGGUACCUUCAAGAUAACAGAGGGAACACCAUCAACAAUCACGUAUCGUGAACUCCGAGACAAAACACAAGGGGUCACUGCACUGAAGGUGUUUGACAACAGCAGUCGCACUGAAGGUUUCAACGGAUGUUCAAAUAACACCUGUGCACAGCUGUGUCUUCCAACAGGAAAAACAAGCCAUGUCUGUAAAUGUACAGCUGGAUACCUCAUAAAUGGAACCGAGUGUACAAGUAUCGACUCCUUCCUGAUGUACUCAUCCAACAGUGAGAUACAUGGAAUAUCCUUCAACCUCACCAACAACGUGACUAAAGCUCUUCCACUUAUCUCAAAAAUAUCUAAAGCUAGUUCCAUUGACUUCAAUGCAGCCACAGAUCAUAUCUACUGGGUCGAUGCCCAAUCAAAUUCAGUGUCUCGUGUCAAACGAGAUCUCACAGACCGAGAUACACUCGUCCACCAGGAGAUUCGUGGUAUUCAAGGAAUUGCUGUGGACUGGAUUUCAGACAAUGUGUACUGGACAGAUUUUGGCUCUGAUGUAAUUGAAGUGGUCAGAUUGAACAAUGUUGACCAUCGUUUUGUCGUUAUUCAUGGAAACAUGAACAACCCUCGGACCAUCGUUGUUCAUCCAGAAGCAGGGCUUCUGUUUUGGUCGGAUACUGGAAUUCAACCCAAGAUAGAACAAGCACGAUUAGAUGGAACAAAACGUGAAAUUUUUGUGGACACUAACAUCACCGCUCCCUUUGGCUUGGCUAUUGAUUAUGAGACUAACACCUUGUAUUGGUGUGAUAACAAUCUCAAUAAGCUGGAGUCCAUUGACAUUGUUACCCGCACCAGGAAGAUCCUCAUAAGUCCUGAUCAGAUGAACAGCUGCAUGGCUUUAACUUUGUUUGAGGAGUAUGUCUACUGGCUAGAGGGAGAUGUCUCUGGAAAGAUCAAACGAGCCAAGAAAACUGAUGGAUCUGGUGUGGAGGAAGUAAAAACAAACCUCGGGCCUGACAUGCAGGAUAUCAAGGCUUACCACACCCAGCGGCAGCAAGGUGACAACCCUUGUCGUGUAGACAAUGGAGGCUGCCAGGAAUUCUGUUUCCAUAUCGGUAACAAUGUAGUGUCCUGUAACUGUUCCUACGGAAAGGUGGGCAGUGAUGGAAAGAGCUGUGAAGGUCAUGACUCGUUCCUGCUCUUCUCCAAGGUCACAGACAUCGUAAGCAUCAGUCUGGAUGAAAACAAUCCAAACUUACCUAUGAAGACGAUCACUAACUCGGAUCACCUCCGCAAUGUCAUUGGUAUCGCCACUGACUACAAAUCAAAGAGAAUUUUCUUUAGUGACAUCCAGCGUGGUGACAUUCAAUAUGUGCACUUCAAUAGUACUGACUUCUAUAUUGUAGUUGAGGGCGUUGGUUCUGUGGAGGGUCUGGCAUAUGACGGGUUUGAAAAUUACCUGUAUUGGACCAGUUAUACUAACUCUUCUAUCAGUCGUGCACAUAUCUCGGACAAAGACGAGCCCCAUCACAACACAACUGUAGAGAAGAUUAUACAGCUCGGUGUGUUUGAUCACCCACGGGCCAUUGCCAUUGACAGCUGCUCAGAUCGUAUGUUUUGGACAAAUUGGCAUGAUGAGCAACCCAGAAUCCAACGUUCAUUCCUGAAUGGUUACAAACCAGAGUCAAUUAUCACGGAAGAGAUAUGGACACCUAAUGGGCUAACCAUUGACCAUGUCGAAGAACAGCUGUAUUGGUCAGAUGCCAGGCUGGACAAAAUUGAGCGAUGUGACUUUGACGGCAAAAACAGGAAGGUUGUAGUUUCUGCCAUGCCUGAACACCCUUUCAGUCUGGCUGUGUAUGGUCAGCACAUCUACUGGACAGAUUGGAUUCGUCGUGCUGUAAUGCGAACAAACAAGUUUGAUGGCAGCGGCGUGUUCUGGAUGAAACGCAAUCUUGAACGUCAGCCAAUGGGGAUCACUGUAGUAGCAGAGGACGCUAAUAACUGUACCUUGAGUCGCUGCUAUAACCAUGACUGUGAGAAUAACUGUACAGUGAUCAAUGGACAUGCCCAAUGUAUCUGUGGAAAGGACCUCUUCCUGUUACCAGACGGAAGGCGCUGUGGGCCAGCCAAUACGUCAUGCGGACUGACUGACUUUAUGUGUCAUGAUAAGAAGGCAUGUAUAUCUAUAGAGAAGAGAUGUAAUAUGGUUAACGACUGUUUGGACUCCAGUGAUGAGCUUCCUGAUGUGUGUUUGAAUAAAACAUGUGCACCUGGACUAUUUACCUGCUCAAACUUUAUGUGCAUACACAUAGAGAAAUUCUGUGAUGGCGUGGUUGACUGUAGUGAUCUGUCUGAUGAGGCUAACUGUCAGUGUGAUGCUGAUCAGUUUCAGUGCCAGAGUGGGCUCUGUAUCAGUCGUCAAUAUCGCUGUGAUCGCGACAUGGACUGUCCCGAUUGGGACGAUGAAGUCGGCUGCAACAUGACAUGUAACAAUUUGGAGAUGUUCCAAUAUGAGGAGAAUGUUGUAUCUUGUAACACAACGUCCCAGUGUAUCCUGUCGUCAUGGAUAUGUGAUGGAAACAAAGACUGCUGGGAUGGCAAUGAUGAAAAUCAUUGUGAUAACUCUACAAAAGAUGGUGUUUGUGAUGAUGACGGAUUUAGAUGUUUAUCGUCAGGAGCCUGUAUACCUCACCAAUGGGAAUGUGACAAUGACAAUGAUUGUGGUGACAACUCUGAUGAAAAACAAUGUAAUUACACAUGUGAGAGUCACAUGUUCCAAUGUAACGAAUCAAAGAUGUGCCUACCAAGAUCAUGGGAAUGUGACGGACACCCUGACUGUGCUAAUCACAGUGACGAAGGCAGUCAGUGCCUCACAACAAACAGGACAUGCCAGGAGUCAGAGUACCUAUGUGAUGGGACGGGUCGUUGUAUACCCAAACAGUGGAAAUGUGAUGGGGAUAUUGACUGUCCUUAUGGCGAGGACGAGCGUAUCUCAAAUGGAUCCCCUGCACACUGUAAGAAGGAUGAGUUCAUGUGUAAAAAUCGACGUUGUAUACGAACCAUCUUUGUGUGUGAUCGUGAUGAUGACUGUGGUGACAACAGUGAUGAACCUUCAUCUUGUGUGUUUCAUGCCUGCAAACAAGAUCAGUUUGCAUGUAAACAGAACGGAACAUGUAUUGCCCAAAAUCUCACUUGUAACGGUUUCCCUGACUGCCCUGAUCAUUCUGACGAGGCCAACUGUACCAAGGUGCCACCUUGUGGAUCUGAAAAUUCAUUCAAGUGUAAAAAUUCCAAGUGUAUACAUAUGGACUCCGUGUGCAAUGGCAAGGACAACUGUGGUGAUGCAUCUGAUGAACCGGAAAAUUGUUAUAUCAACGAGUGUGAACCUUUCCAGUUCAUGUGCAGUCAGAUUUGCACUGAUCGCAAGAUCGGUUAUCAGUGUUCAUGUGAACCAGGCUACAAACUCAGAAAUGAUGGCAGGACAUGUGAAGAUGUGAAUGAGUGCGAGACGCUGUACCCAUGUUCUCACUACUGUCACAACACUAUAGGAACUUACUACUGCACAUGCGCAGAUGGAUACCGUCUGGCUGAAGACCGAAUUUCUUGUAAAGUAUAUGGAGAUGAGCAACCUUAUCUUAUCGUGGCCAAUCGAUAUUACUUGAGAAGGAUAUCAUUCUUCGGCAUCGAGGAGAAGAUAACAGAAAACCUAAACAAUGCUGUUGCUAUUGGAUUCAAUCAUAAAGAAGAAAUGAUAUACUGGACAGACAUCACCAGCAAGGCCAGCUCCAUCAACAGAAUGAAAAUGAAUAAUGGUACCAAAGAGGUACUACACAAUACCACUGUAAGAAAUCCAGAUGGUCUUGCUGUCGACUGGAUUGGUGGGAAUCUCUACUGGUGUGACAAAACUACCGACACAAUUGAGGUUUCAAAACUUGAUGGAAAAUACCGCAAAGUAUUGAUUAACGAGGGUCUUGAAGAGCCUCGUGCACUAGAGGUGUUUCCUGCCAAAGGUUUCAUGUUCUACACAGACUGGGGAGAGAAGCCACACAUUUCACGGUCGUAUCUCGAUGGCUCUGUUACACAAAAAAUCAUCACACAGGACCUCGCCUGGCCAAAUGCAUUGACAAUUGAUUACAUAACAGAAAAGAUUUUCUGGGCUGAUGCUAGCCUGGACUAUAUCGCCAUGGCAAAUUUAGACGGCACAGCAAGACAUAUGAUCUUACACCGUGACCUUCCUCACACUUUUGCUCUCACCACAUUUAUGAAUUACAUUUACUGGACCGAUUGGGAAAAGGGCUCGAUCGAAAGAGCAGAGAAAUUCUCCGGGAAAAAUCGUACCACUGUUGCCACAGUGGUUCAUCGCUUAAUGGAUAUUCAAGUGUACCAUAAGAUGAGACAAGUAGAAAUAAACUUUAACCCAUGUGAAAACAAUGGAGGCUGCAGCCAUCUCUGUUUACUCCGUCCUCUGACUGAUAAGGCUGCAGCUAUUUUCCAAUCUCGAAUUGUGGAACGCGUCUGUGCCUGUCCGGAGAAUCAUGAGCUCCUACCUGAUGGACUCACCUGUAAAGCUAACUGUACCAGUGCCCAGUUUCUGUGUGAAUCCAGCUCCAAGUGUAUUCCGUUUUGGUGGAAAUGUGAUGGUCAAUGGGAUUGUGAUGAUGGCUCAGAUGAACCUAGCUCUUGUCCACCCUACCAGUGUAGUCAUCUUGGCCUGUUUCGGUGUAAAAACUCAUCAUCGGACUGUAUCCCACCUAUUGAAAUUUGUGACGGCAAGCCACAAUGCUCAGAUGGAUCUGAUGAACAAGCCUGUGAUGAAUUCCAUUGCCUGGCUGGGUAUAGGAAGUGUCCAAAUGACGAUAUUUGCAUUGAGCAGAAGAAAUUUUGUAAUCUAGUGGAGGAUUGCCCGUCUAAGCUUGAUGAACAUAACUGUACGUACAGUUCUUGCGAGGCUAACCAGUUUCAGUGUGCAAACAAACGUUGUGUACCAUACGUGUGGAGGUGUGACACAGACAAUGACUGUGGCGAUGGCUCGGAUGAACCCGCUGACUGCCGAAACAUGACCUGCAUGGAAGGAUACAUCAAGUGUGACACAGGGCGCUGUAUCCCGUCAGACUGGCAGUGUGAUGGUGAUGUGGACUGUGGACCUGAGGACCGUUCUGAUGAAGACAAUGCUAAAUGCACCCAGACCACCUGUGAGCCCACCUACUUCCAAUGUGAUAAUAAACAUUGUAUUCCGUCCCGUUGGAAAUGUGAUUUCGACAAUGAUUGUCGAGAUGGUUCAGAUGAAAAUGGUUGUGAAAAUUCUCAUCGGCAGUGUUCAGAACAGGAGUUCACAUGCAACAACAACAAGUGUAUCCCAAAGAGCUGGAAAUGUAACGGAGAGGUGAAUUGUGAGGAUGGAAGUGAUGAAGAUGGUUGUGAGGGUGUGGAUUGUGACAGCGAGGAGUUUAAAUGUGCUGGGAUCUGUGUUCCCCGAAAGUGGAUGUGCGAUGAGGAUAUUGAUUGCCCUGAUGGCUCUGACGAAAGAAACUGUUCUUGUCAAGACAAUAAAUUUUUGUGUAAAAACAAAGAAUGUAUACCUGACCUUUGGCGAUGCGACGGUGAUAAUGAUUGUGGUGAUAACUCUGAUGAGGAGACUGAAAUGUGUGUAAACCACCAGUGUCCCUUGGGCCGGUUCCGAUGUAAAAAUCAUAUUUGUCUGUCUGUGUCCAAACGCUGUGAUGGAAUUGACCAAUGUGGAGACUAUACUGAUGAAGAAAAGUGUUACUAUGACACUCUUUGUCAUGGGAGGACUUUCAGGUGUGCAAAGAAUGACAAGUGUAUCCCAAUUCACCAAGUUUGUGAUGGUCAGUAUAACUGCCUUGACCAUACUGAUGAGGAUUCAGACUUCUGUAGGCCAGAGAACAUCCAGCCAACAUGUGGAAGUAACAUCUGCCAACAGACCUGUCAAAAUAUCACCGGGGUAGGAUACAAGUGUACUUGUAAGCGGGGAUACAAACUCAACGACGACGGAUUCUCUUGCAAAGUUGUGGAUCUGUGUAAGCUUUGGGGUACCUGUUCUCAGCGGUGUGAACGUGACCUUAACAAUCCGACAACUAACUGUUCCUGUGAUGAUGGAUAUACCAUGUGGACAGACAAUAUAUCACAUCGUCCCUCGUGCCGUGCUCAAGGUCCCAAGCCCCAGUUACUGAUUGCCCAUGAGACACAGCUGAUCCAGUCUGACAUUGGAUAUGGUGGACAACAGCAAUCUCUUUUGUCGAGUGAAAAGGACAAAAUUAUGUCAAUUGACGUGGAUAUGACCCAACCAUCACUGCAAUCUUCUACACAAUGGACAGCUUUCAUCAUUAGCCAUGAUAAAACACUCAAGAAAAUGGCUAUCAAUGCUAACUGGGCUAGAAUCAGCACCCCAAACAAGAAGACCAAGCCGACAAACGGUCGUGUACGCCGCAGCAUAGAUCUGAAGGCCCAAACACCAGUCCAGUUUGUGAAUCUGGUGGCUGACCCUCAGGGUAUUGCUGUUGACUGGGUGGGAAAACGAAUCUACUGGACUGAUGCAGGAACUCGCACUGUGGAAAUGACAGAUUAUGAUGGGGCACGUAAGAUCACUGUGGUAAACUCUGGACUGGAUCAGCCUUACUCUAUCGCUGUGGCUCCGGAGGCAGGGAAAUUGUUUUGGGCAGACAGAGGAUUUCCACCAAAGAUUGAAACAUCAAAUCUAGAUGGUAGUGGACGGAAAGACCUGGUUAAAGAUGACAUAAUUUGGCCGAACGGCCUGGCCAUUGACCACGCUAACCAUCGACUCUACUGGACAGACACAAAGAAACAUACCAUAGAAACCAUUGGUCUCCAUGGCGAAGACCGACAAGUUGUCAAGCAAUUCAAUCUAUUUGUUACAGCGAUCGAGGACCCUCCCUACAUGCUGGAUGUAUUUGAAGAUUACCUGUAUGUUACAUUGUAUCGGUCACACGAAAUCAUUCGUAUCCAUAAAUUUGGUACAAAAUUUAUGAACAGCACCGUUCUACUGAGUAAUGUGACAUUUAUCGGUGACAUCAUCAUCCUCCAGCCAAUCAAACAGAAGAACUCCAUUAUAAAUUACUGCCAGUCUAACAGUACCCAUGAUGGGCCUUGUCCUGCAGCAUUUUGUAUUAACAUGCCACAACAGAAAACACCCAAAUACAAGUGCUUAUGUUCCAAUGAUGCCGUGUUUGAGGACGAGAAGUGUAGUUUUAAGAAAUCUUGUGAGGAGGGAUAUUGUAAAAAUGGUGGUAGUUGCCAUUUACAGCCGAAUGGAAAAUCAAAGUGCAGCUGCCCUUCUGGAGUAGCAGGAGAACGCUGUGACAAGUGUGGCAGUAACUACUGUCAGAAUGGUGGUCAAUGUAUAGCCACAACUCCCACACUUUCCUGCAAGUGUCGCCAUGGCUUCAAAGGUCCUAGAUGUGAAAGCUGUACAGAAGACAGCUGUCAGAAUGGUGGAACAUGCCAGAUUGUGGACGGUCAAGUGUCGUGUUUAUGUAGUCAGGGAUUUAGUGGAAACAUGUGUGAAACUGUAGCCAACUCCUGUGCUGAUUACUGCCAGAAUGGAGGCACAUGUGAACCUAAUACAAAUGCUGUGGAUGAUAAGAACUCUGUGAAGUACAUUUGUACCUGUCUUCCUGACUGGAGUGGGCAGCGCUGUGAACAACCUGCUCACUCGUGUUCUGGUUAUUGUCAAAAUGACGGUGUCUGCUACCUCGAUCAGGGAAAGCCUACCUGUAACUGUACAGGGGUGUACGGAGGGGACACGUGUGAGACUUGUCAGUGUAAGGAAGGACAGGGAUCUUGUCAAAAUGGCGUGGCUAUCUGCGUAUGUGGGGAUCUGUGGAAAGGCAACCUUUGUGAUGAGAGUAUCUGUGAUACUGACUGCUCCAACGGUGGCCAAUGUCAGGACUGUAAACUUGACAACCACCAUGUUGCGUCCUGUAACAGCUGUUUAUGUAGUCCAGGUUUCCAUGGCGAUCGUUGUGAGAAAAGUGCAGAGAAACAACACCAGCAACACGAAGACAGUGUCCUGCUAUCUACUAUCAUCCCAAUCAUCGCUGCUGUCCUCAUCCUCAUCAUCAUCAUCAUUGUUAUUAUUCUUGUUGCACGCAAGAAGAGAGAUCAGUUUAAGCAUCAACGGAUGGUGAGCAAUUCUAACUUAGAGGUAGCGAAUCCUAUCUACCUGGCGCAGGCUCAGGAAGGUGACAUGGCACCUAUGCAGGUGUAUGAUGAAGAAGGAGAUGAUCAUUCGACAAACUUUGCAAACCCGAUGUACAAUCGCCUGUAUACCAGUGACAGCACACAAGUGUUACUUCCACGGGAUGUAGACAACAAUGAACCUUAUGAUGAAAAUGGAGAUAUUCAUUUCUAUGGGAAAAAAGACAAAACAAAUGGAAAGAUAUCAUUUGCAUAAUGAUGUGAUUUCAUCUGUUGUGUAACAUACGUUAACAUUCCUUCGUGAUGGCUUUAAAGAUGUCACGUACAUUCCUGUGAUGUGGUUCACUGCUACGUAUAUGCCAUUCAACCCCAAGCAGAUACCAAGGUCUGCUGAACAAACCCAAGUGUUCUUCAGGGUGAUGGAUGUAUGCCUAUGUGGCCUUACCGAACUUUAUGGAGAAGAGUUCCCUGAAAGGGAAAGAACUCAAAGAGAAAAGUCCUCUAGAUGUUUUAUUAUGUGUAA